UCACACAAGUUCGCACUCCGUUGAUCUCCUGAAAUAUCUAGCGCACAACUGAUAAUGUACACAAAUCGUUGUCGAAACUUGAUUCCACCACGGAUUGAUAUCGAAGCGGCCAGAGAGGUUGAUGGCGGCAAUCAACCGCUGAUAAUAAGUGGUCGAUCAGACCAACCUCUGUCUCCUGGUUUAUUUAAGAGCAGCUCAGGCAUAGUGAUGGGCUCGAAUACGCCGCGUUCGCCUUCCAAGAGAACGGGUGCAUACCGACCGAGCGUGUUCGCACAUCGUGUAUUUCGGAGGGCGGUUCUGAAAAACGGCUACUGUAACAUCGCCCCCAUUAGAGGAUCCCGCAGGAAAUUGCGCUACUUACAGGACAUCUUUACCACUCUGGUUGAUGCCAGAUGGCGCUGGACUCUGAUGGUGUUCGCGUUUGGCUUUAUAGGAUCCUGGUUGUUCUUCGCACUGCUGUAUUGGUUCAUUAGCUCCGCUCACGGGGAUCUAGAUUCGCUGAAUCAAGACUCCCCAGGUUGGACUCCGUGCAUCGUAGGCAUCUACAGCUUCGCAUCCUGCUUUCUGUUCUCGCUGGAAACUCAGCACACCAUCGGUUACGGAACUCGGUCUACCACCGAGGAAUGCCCGGAGGCCAUCUUCGUCAUGACCAUCCAAUCAGUACACGGCGUCAUGAUUCAGGCCCUGCUGGCCGGGAUAAUCUUUGCCAAAAUGACUCGCUCCAAGAGUCGCUCGCAGACGCUCCUUUUCUCCCGCCAUGCCGUAAUCACGAUGCGUGACGGUGAACCAUGUCUGAUGUUCCGGGUUGGUGAUAUGCGCAAGAGUCACAUCAUCGGUGCCAAAAUCAGAGCGCAGCUGAUCCGAUGCAAGGUGAGCCGGGAGGGUGAAACGCUGCCGCAGUAUCUAAUCGAGCUCGAUCUGGAAGUGGACGGGGGCGGAUCGGAUUUGUUCUUCAUCUGGCCCCAGAUUGUGGUGCAUCGCAUAAACCAGCGUUCCCCGCUGUGGAAUCUGAGUGCGUUUGAGUUGCUACACGAGCGAUUUGAAAUUGUCGUAUUCCUGGAAGGAACGAUCGAAUCCACCGGCCAGAGCACCCAGGCCAGAUCGAGCUAUUUAAGCAGUGAAAUUAUGUGGGGAUACCGAUUCGAACCCGUGCUAGUGUACAACAAGAAGCGCCAAAGUUAUGAAAUUAAUUUCUCCAAGUUUGACGCCACCGUUCCGAUGGAAAUGCCGGUUUGUUCAGCCAAAGAAAUGAUUGAAGGGGCGCUUUAUAACAGCCAGGAGAAUCUGAUCGAUAGGCCUCCAAUCGAGUACAACACUUUAGUGGAGAAACUGCGAUGCUUCCACACGGAGAACGAAGCCGUUCCACAGCUUCCACUCAGCAAAUCCGCUUGUCUUGCGCAAUCCGGUGGCAAUGGGUGCCAUAAAUUUUCCCUCCGAGGACGAUCGCUGUCUUCCAAUGAGCUUAAAAAUAGCAACAAUUGUAGCAAUAAUGAUAAAAGUUCUGUUUGUUGAAUC